GUGCUGAAUUUGGUAACCGCUGGUAACCGAUGGUUCUUGAAUUCAUAUAUAAUGUAAUCUGACUUCACUCCCUAUAAAACUCUCUCAUUCUCAAACCGUCCUGUCCUUCCUCAACUUUCUUUAAGUUUCUUUGUCUUGUUUAGAUCCCUCCUUUCCCCAAACACACAAAGAACACAAUGAGGUUCGCGUCUGUCCUUGCUCUUGCCGUGGCCGCUACUGUCGUAAGCGCGGAGACCAAUGCUGAAAGAAUGGUGCGCGGUCUUCCCCCUAUGGCUCCCGCUCGUCGCGCCACGCCCGUCGAGGGCGCCAAGCGCUCCGCCCCCUCAGGUGGUGGUGGCCAGUGCAACACUGGCUCUACCCAGUGUUGCGAUUCUGUUACAAAGUCUGGCUAUGGCACCCCCCUCGACGACUUGUUGUCUCUCAUGAGCAUUGACGUCCCUAAUGAUACUCCUUGUGGUCAAAACUGCUCCCCCAUCAGCGCUUUCGGGGGUGGCAAGGGCGCUAACUGCAACCAACAACCUGUUUGCUGUGAGGACAAUUCUUACAAUGGCCUCGUGAAUAUUGGUUGCUCGCCCAUCAACUGGUGAAACAAUCGCCGCGUUUGGUGUUCGGUUCCAUGCCUACACACGUUCCACUCGUUUUUCUGUUUGAUACGCAUAAAAGUCGCUUGUCCGCGGCUUUGGACUUUUUCACCUUCGCAAGGCAUAGCCUACGUUAUUGUUUUGUUGCGUUUUUGUUACCUCGUGCAGUGGUCGCUUAUGGCUAUGCUUUUCCUGUAAUAGACUGGUACAGUGACUAGGAUAAAAUAGCUGGUGUGGUGACUGUAAACAUUGUUAUUUCUUCCGCCAUUUUACUAAUCAACGGUGAUUAUGAUCCACGAUCAUGAC